UUCUCCCCCGUCGGAUACCUGGUAAACCACCAUCACAUCGAGACUAUAUAAAUCGGUUCACCCACAUUUGCCAACUAUCAAUCACCAACGUUUGAUCUGUAACUGUCGCAAUUCAAGCACACAAAUACAGCCACUAAAACCAUCAAAAUGGCAUACAUGUUCGUAGUCAUCGCCGCCUCCAUCUUGGCCACCGCCUACGGAUCUCCCGUAGCAGCACCCAUCUACGCCGCUGGCCCAGCUUACUCUGCACCCGCAUACGCUGCUGCCCCGGCAUACGCUGCACCCUCAUCAUACUCUGCUCCUUCUUACAAACCAGCUUAUAAACCAGCAGCAUACGGACACGAAUCUUACGAUGCCCCAGCUCCAUACAACUUCGAAUACAGCGUAAACGACCCACACACCUACGACGUCAAGAGCCAAUCUGAAUACGCCGACGGAAACGGUUACGUCAAGGGAUCUUACAGCCUUUUGGAAGCUGACGGUUCCACCCGUACUGUUGAAUACACCGCUGACGACUACAACGGUUUCAACGCCGUCGUCAAGAACGAAGGUGGAUACAAGGCCCCAGCUUACUCUGCACCAGCAUACUCUGCACCAGCCUACAAGGCCCCAGCUUACGCUGCCCCAGCCUACUCUGCACCAGCCUACUCUGCACCAGCCUACAAGUCCCCAGCAUACGCUGCACCAGCUUACUCUGCACCAGCCUACAAGUCCCCAUCUUACUCCGCCCCGGCCUACAAAGCCCCAUACUCUGCUCCCUCAUACUCCGCCCCAGCCUACAAGGCCCCAGCAUACGCUGCACCAGCUUACUCCGCACCAGCUUACGCUGCCCCGGCUUACGCCGCCCCAGCUUACUAAGCUAAAUCCGCUUACUCGGCGGCACCCGCUUACCACGCACCCGCCGCCUACUCGGCACCUGUUUACCAUGCACCCGCCGACUACUCGGCACCCGCCCCGUACAGCUUCGAGUACAGCGUAAACGACCCACACACCUACGACGUCAAGAGCCAACACGAGUACAGCGACGGCAACGGUUACGUCAAGGGAUCUUACAGCCUUUUGGAAGCCGACGGUUCCACCCGCACCGUUGAGUACACCGCCGACGACUACAACGGUUUCAACGCCGUCGUCAAGAACGAAGGUGGAUACAAGGCCCCGUCGUACUCGGCACCGGCUUACUCCGCACCGGUGUACUCGGCACCAGCGUACUCUGCACCGGCCUACAAAGCUCCGUACAACGCCCCCGCUUACAAACCAGCGUACAAACCAGCUUACUAAUGACGACAAGCCAGUCACUUUCGCGUGUAGCCAUCCUGCGUGACACGUUCUGUUUCCUUCUUUAAUUUAUUUCGAUUUCCUUCUCAUUGUUUAUUUAUUUGCGGUAGAUUAAAAAACUAUGCGCCCGUUAGGAAAA